UAUACUAUAUAGAUGAUCUCAAGACAAGACAUCCGUUCACUCUAUCAUUAUUGCAAAGUUUAUCUAAAUUAAUGAAGAUGGUUUCUUCCUUGUUCAAAACUCUGUUUCUUCUUGGGUUAAUUGCGUUGAUCGCCUUUGCCGUGCAGACCGCUCAAGUUGGUGCAGAUGCCAGGUUGAGGAAACUGAGCCAUUUACCAAGUCCACCACCUCCUCCGAAGGGAGCCCGCCCAAUUCAUCAGCUCCCACCUCCAAAUGAGUAGUAGCUAGGCUAUAGAUUAGUCUUGUAUUAUCAACUCAUGUUAAUUUAAUCCAAGUUUUUAAUCAAAGUGUGAGAGUUUCGGCUUUCCCUUGGCUGCCUCAAUUCAUAUUUGUUCCAUCCUUGUAACUUUGUUAGUCUUUUUCAGAUUUUUGGGAUUAUGUGGUGAUGAGCAAGACAACACCAUUGCAUUUGUAUAGAAAGAAAUUAUAUAUAUACUAAAACUGAGUUCAGGAAUUCACUGUUCCUAGACUGUAGCUUAGGAAUAGUGAAGUGCCGAUUUUGCCCUUUACUGAAAUUUUCCUUAUGUUCCUUUUUUGCCCUUCUCUCUUUGGAUGCUAACUCUCCCCACUGUUUCGUUUCCACAGAACGAUCGUCCGCUUCGAACCAGCUUGGUUGGGCUGGUUGGGGGCAGCCAUGGAAUGCACGGCUUCGAUCUUCGGGAUUCCUUUGGGGCCGUAGAUUUCCAUUUGGGCUAGCGCCUUGCGAAUCUCGCCGUUCGUUUGGUCUUCAUCUCAUCUCAUCUGCUCAUUCGUUGGUUCAACCAUCUUUCAUCCUCUGUGCAACGUUCGUCUGAGAGAUUUUCGAUCUGCAAGUUCUUCCAUCUUUUCUCUUCAGGACUACAACAAAAUGGUGCACUUACAUCUAUUCGUGGACUUUGAAAUAGAAACAAGGCUUUUGAAUUGGUAAUGGCAGGUGACUGUUUGUGCGUGAAUAAAGGCUUGCCAUUGCCCUUGCUGAUGUUGUGGGACAGAGCCAGUGUAUAUGUACAGAAGUUGAGGGAUACAAUGUUCUCUCUCCCUCUCUUUAAUUUCAAACAGCACAGAAUGUUGACUGACUUUGAAGGUGUUGCAAGAAAAAACGAAGUAGGGUUCCGCAUUUGGACUAGCAAAGAGUUCCACCAGUACCAGGUUGUUGGGAGAAAGCUCCCUAUGGCAUCUAAUGAGCACCCCAAGAUUUACCAAAUGAAGCUCUGGGCCACAAAUGAGGUUCACGCCAAGUCCAAGUAUUUCAUGAGGAAGCUGAAGAAGGUCAAGAAGAGCAAUGGCCAAGUGCUUGCCAUUAAUGAGUGGUUCCUUCUCAACUCUCCUCCUGGCAAAAUCCAAUUUGUUGCCAAAGGGCUCCACCUUUGACCCCAAAGCGUCACUCUUUUAUCACAUUUAUUUCGCUUUUUUCUAAUUUUGUUUCGAUAAUUUGAAUCGUAUU